GGCUUGCGGGCGGACUCAGCGCUGCCCAAGAGCGGAAUGCCCUGUGCGAAGCAGGUACGGCGACAGCCCACCAUGUCCUCCACGCCAGGAGAGCCAUGGCCGGCCGCCAUUGGCCGCGCAGGCUGCUCGGUGACGGGCUGGCAUGUCCCGAGAUUGUAUGGCCCGGCUCGUGACCAGUGCGAGGGGCCGCUGGUCAGGGGAGGCUAAUUUCCAUGGGUCCGAGUGUCGACGGGAUGGAUGGUGAGAGCGGUGGUGUUAGGGGGAGCGGUCCCAAAGACUAGGGAGCCGGCCACAGUGCUUCGGCCCAAAGGUGCCCUAGUCCUCGCAGAGGGAGGGGGGGGAUUGUCUCUCGCGGACCGAAUACCGAAUACCGCCAAUUUGCAGGUGGACGCUCCCCGACCCUCUGCUCCAUGCGGUGCAGGCUGCUCGAGGAGCGGCGGAUCAGAGGCAGAACGAGCACGGCCGUCAGCUGAGGGCCGGAGAAUUAACGCAACGUCGACAGGUGGGCUAGCAGCGGGCGGCGAGCAGGAUUUGAGAAUGCUGUCCUCGCGGAUGCGGCUAGCGCCCCUUACUUAAUACGGUUUCAGGAGCGCCAAGCGGCCCGAAGCAGCAAGAGCGCUGAGCAGUGAAUGGACCACGCCGGGACGGGGUCCCUGCGCUCCAGUG